AUGAGUUCCAAAAUAUUUGAUGAUGUCCUGGCAAACCUUCCCGUUGUGAAGACAUGUGGUUUAAGUGAUGUUAACUCCGCCCAAGUGGCUAUUGAUUCAGGCGCAGCGCUGUUAGGUGUCAUCUGUGUGCCUGGAAGGAAAAGAACUGUCCUGAAAGACGUUGCCACUGAAAUUGCUAAUAGGGUUCAAGAGAGCAGAAAUUCUGGGAAUUCUGUCUAUCUUGUUGGUGUAUUUAGAAACCAGCCAAAGGAAGAAGUUCUGAAGAUAGUCGAAGAUUACCAUUUGGAUAUUAUUCAAUUGCACGGUGAUGAGGAUUGGAAAGAGUAUUAUGAUUACAUAAAAAAACCAGUUAUUAAAAGAGUGCUGUUCCCAAGAGAUAAUGAACUGGUAUUGGAUAUGAAUAGAAACUACAUGCAAAGUGGACACAAAGAAAACAUCUGUUUGCCAUUGUUCGAUUCAGAAGCAGGUGGUACUGGCGAACUAUUGAAUUGGUCGGAUAUAUCUCACUGGGCUCGGAGUCAUGAUGAUGACGUUCGGUUCCUGUUAGCAGGAGGGUUGAAUCCAAGUAACGUAUCCCAAGCAGUUCGUUUGGAUGGUCUCAUUGGUGUUGACGUUAGUGGAGGUACUGAAACUGACGGUAAGAAAGAUCAUGAAAAGAUUAGAUCAUUUAUUAAGAAUGCCAAUACAUAA